AUGAGGGGCGGUCAGGGGUCCGGGACACGAUUCCCUUCCGGCCCGGCACGGAGCCGCACCCCGCCCGCCGGGCAGGGCCGCAGGCGGCGAGGGCAGCCGGGGCCUCUCCCAGAGCUAAGGGCCCGGCCCCGGAAACAGGGAGGGGCCGCGGCGAGACCGAGCCCGCGCCGCAGGCGGCCGCACGGGGCUGAACAGGCCGCGCGCCGCUGCCCCCCGGGCCCACCUGCGGGUCGCCCUCGUUGCUUCAGCCGCCGCCUGUGGGGGGGUAGUUUGGGGCUCGGGCCCCUGGGGGCCCCGGGCGGACCCCGCGCCGCACUCACCGUGGGAGGGCUGCAGGGGGCAAAAAAGCUUGCGAGCGGAGCUCCCGGCGCGGUGACCGCUUCUUUCCCAAGCCCACUCCUCUGGCGGCAGCGGCGGCAGCUGCAGUGGCGGCGGCGGCAGCAGCUACCCCGGCUCCGGAAUCGGCGGCGGCGGUGGCGGCGGCUCCACUUCCGCUCCGGUCACCACUUCCGCUUCGGCUCGGGCCCCGCCCCUGCGCAGUCUCCUCAUUGGCGAAUAUUUAUGAAGCAGACUUUUUGUUUCGUGCGGGAGACACAGCAAGAACAAGAUAGACGUGGCCCUGCUGUCUUAGAGUUUAUAGUCUGAUACGAAAUAGAACAAAUUCCCAGGCCAGGAUUCAACUGGUACCACAGCAGGACGCAAGUCACAGCAGGGACCCAAGUCACAGCACUGAUAAUGGCUGGAUCCUAAAACCCAAUGAGCCACCAGGGAAUGCCAAGAAGCCCUCAGAUAUUUAAUCUCUAAAGAUAAAAUAAUCAUAGUAUACGCCUCUCAUAGUUACAGUGAGGAUGAAGAGAAAUAAUGCAUGUUUCUCGCACGGUAUCUGGCAAAUGUUAGAUUUUGCUGAAAUGUGUUCCAUUUUUACUCAGCCCUUUGCUUGUAUUUUCCUCAUGUCCGCCUGCUUCUCUAAAGCAGAAAUGGACAUGUAGUGCUAACUUACUUCCAGCAGAUGGCGCCACAGAGUAAGACUGCAGUUCUGUCCAGCUCAGUUAUAAUUCUCACUCUUCACUGAUAACAUAUGUUUCGCAUACAUUAUAUUAUUUGGUUCUCCUUCAUUAACCUUUACCAAGUGCGGACUAGUCCAUCAUUUAUUCUUUCAUCUCUUCCUCAAUGCAUGCUUAUUGAGCUCUUACUUCAGCUAAAGAGCAGCUUUAAAUCCCUUCUAAAACAUGGUGACAAAGAAACAAAAAACAAAUAAACAAAGAAUAAAAAGAAAGAAACAAACAAACAAAAAAAACAAAACUCCAAGCCCUUGCUGGAAAAUUGGAUUUUAAGAUAUGAAAAGAUACGUUUUAGCCACUGAUUUUAUUCUGGUCAUCCUGACUUGGUGCCAGCUCAGGUUCUUGGAGGAGGCUGCUUUCAUAAAGCAAUGAAGUGGAAGAAGCUUGAUUAGAGUGAAUCUGAGGCAGGAAGGAACUGAUUCCCCUGCAGGAGCAGCUGAAGGGCCUCCCCCGACACCAUCCUCAGUCCCUCCCAGGGGCUAUUGAUCUGAGGGCACAGCAAUUGGUUCUUGGACUGAUUAAAAUUACCAAGCAGGGGGAAAAAGAAAAAAAAGAAAAACCCAUAAAGGAAGUGUGGAGGGCUUGGGAGGGGGAGCAAUUAGCUGGCCUGGAUUCAGAAGCUCCCCAUAGAAGUGACUUUGCCGUGCCUUCGGAUUUGCAGCUGGCCAGCCAGCAUUCCUGGAAGCAGUGAGACCCGCUGAGAACCUGGUGGGACAGAGGGUGCCCACCCUCAGCCUCGCUCACUCACUCCAGAGCCUUGGAGGAAUGAGCUUACCUGAAGGUCAUCUCAGCAGUGCAGCAUAGGGGUGCCAAGAAGGGCUCCCGGCAUGGGCAGAAACCCCAUCGCCCCCUCAGCAACCAGUCUCGGCCCCAAAGGCCACCUUUAGUGAUUCACUGUCCUUUAAAAUGUGUAUUGUAGGAGGUAAAAGCAGGCCUUCUAUAUAGGUAGGUAGAGGGGUGUGUGUGUGUGUGUGAGAUUAUACCGUCUCAGAGAAAAGUCUGUACAUGUGCACAGCAGUUGUUUACAUGGGUUAUCUUGCAACAUGUUCUCAGAUCCACCUCUUAGAGUAAUGACAGUAAAAACGAAAAGAAACAAA